ACGUUUCUAUUUUUCAAUGUGCUAGUUGAAACCUUCCCGCUAUGCCAGCACAUAAGACUUGCGCAUAAAUCUCAUCACUUCAACUUUUUUCCAGUGAUCACAUCUCAACACAAACACCUCCAAAUUCCACCUCCAAUUACUCCACCUCAUCUUCUUCCUUAUUUUCUUCCACCAUUAACCCCAUCAAAGAUCUCUUAUUUCCCAACCCAAAAAUCCUUUCUUUAAUUCCUAAAUCUUAAUGAGUACUUUACAUUCACAGCUGAUCUCUCACAUUCAUAUCAAAGAUUCAAACUUUAUACAGUCUGAUGCACAUAUCAUGUUUGAUUUAAUGUAACAUGCUCUUUUUAUUAAGAUUCUUUAUUUAUAUACAAAAACAGAAAAGAAAAGGGUCUUUAAUUUCUGGUUUUCAAGAAUGUCACAGGUGAAACCUCUAAAGAAACCACCUGGUUUCAGAGAUCCUACAAUACCAAUUCAAAGGCCAUUACAUCCGCCGCCACCGCCGCGAAAGAUUAACCUUCCACCAUCAUUCUACCAAGAAAAGAAGCGUAGAACUUGUUGCUUCAGUUGUUGUUGUUGCUGUUUUGUUUUUCUAAUUUUGUUACUCUUUUUAGUAGCAGCUGGUGGUGCUCUCUACCUUUGGUUUAAUCCAAAACUCCCUGUUUUCCAUUUAAGAUCCCUUGAGUUUACUAAAUUCAAUGUUACUGAAAAUCAAGAUGGGCCAAAACUAAAUGCACAAUCAAAUGUUGGGGUUGAGUUAAAAAAUCCAAAUAGGGAGUUGAAGUUUGUAUAUGGUGAAACUAAAGUGGAACUUAAAGGUGAAAAUGAUGUGAACAUGGGUGAAGGGAAAGUUUCUGGUUUUGUGCAAGAGAAGAAGAGUGUUAAAGUUGUUAAAUUUGUUAUGAAGUCUAAUGAAAUAUUGUAUGGUGAUAAUAUUGGGAAAGUGAUCAGAAGUGGAUUCAAGAGCAAGAAUUUGAGAGUUUCUGCUGAUGUAAGUACUGCUAUUGGAAUUGGAUAUAAUGAAUGGAAGAGUUGGAAAAUUGGAGUUAGAGUUUCUUGUGGAGGUUUGAGGUUAAAGCAGAUUGAAAAUGGUGCUACACCAAAAUGUGGCAUUACCCUGUUUAACUGGUUUCAUUUAAAUUGAUUGAUACAAGAAUGAAGGCAUUGCUAUCAUCUUAGAAUGAGAAGAAUGAAUUGGUAUUGUGCCCAAAUUCAUACAUGACUUAAUAUUUAAGCUCAUUUUUUUAGAUAUAAAAGCUUAUCUAAGUUAAUUCCAGAAGUUCCAUCUUACAGCUGGUAAUUUAUAGUAGGUAGUAGUGAGAGUUGCAAGUGUGUCCUUUCAACUUGUAACCAAAACUAUAAGCACAUGUAUAGAAUAGAUGUUGGAGCAUGGAAAGGAUGAAAGAGUAGAUAUAAGUAUUACUGUAAUAGUAGCUUUGAUGUUGGAGCAUGGACAUUUUACUUGUAAAGUCACUGGCUAUAUAUCCCUGCUGUGUGGAGCAUGGACAUUGUUUUA